AUGCCUGGCAGCUUAGAAGAACGACACAUUAGACUUGAAGUCAUCAGUGGACACAAUCUUAAAGUCCCCUCCUGGCGCAUGCCCGCUGGCAUUUACGUAUCCAUCAAUGUCGACUCCCGGAGAUACUGGAAAUCAACUAUCGGUAUCUUAUCACCUGAUGAAUCUGUAGCGUGGGGAGAUAGUAUAACUCUAUUGUCACAUGCCUCACCUGCGUUAUCAGUGGAGAUGAGGGCAUCCUAUGAGCUUGGUCAAAUGCUAGGCAGUGGAGAAGUCGUAGGGAAGCUUCGAACAUCAUGGGAUGAACUACUCAAUCAUGGUGAUGAGCCAUUCGAUCUAAUAUUUCCACCUGUGUAUGGAGUCCACCCUUCCCUCACAUUGAAGGCCGCUGUUGUAUAUGCUCGCGAUGAUCACGACGGCUCACUCUUUGAUUCCCUCGUAGACUCUGAGAUUACUCGAGAUACAAAUGCGGGCUACGUACGAUUUGCCGAAUACAUGACGAGCAAGACGGUCUCUCACCUGAACGAUGCUAUGCGGCAUUUUCAGCUGGUCCUUGAUCAGUGUCCAAUCGACCAUCCUGAUCAUGCAGGGGCUCUCACCAACCUUGCGUUUGUCCGCUUGGAAGGUUAUAUUCAAGACCAUCUUCAAGACAUUGACAUCACUACUUCCCUCUUCCGCAAAGCCCUUGCAUUGCGUCCGCAGGGUCACCCCUUAUCCCUCUGUGAUCUCAUUAGAGUGUUAAUCUGCCGCCACAGCAAGGAAUCUGCCGCCAUCUACAUUCACGAAUCUGCGCAGCUGUGCAGCAACCUCCUGCCCCUCUGUCCAGAGGGCUCCUACCUUCGUAGUAUGCAUGUAGACAGUGUGGUCGGCUAUGUGAUCUGCAAUCUUCCAAUUGACGCGUCUGAUGAAGGCAUCCACCUUCGACGAAAUCUACUCGAGCUCUGUCCUUUGAGAUAUCAACUCCGUCCCAGAGCCCUUCACUCGCUUGCACUGGCGUUAGAAACCUGCUUCCAACAGUGUGGCAGGAUCGAUGAUAUCGAUGAAACUAUACAACUUCGCCGUGAAGUUGCGUCUCUGUGCCCAGAGGGACAUUCUGACCGUGGUGACUACUUACUCAACUUGGGCUUUUCGCCCGAGUUCGAUCGCCAAGGCAAACCUAAUGACCUUGAUGAGGUCAGCUCUUUGUACGAAGAAGCGCUGCGCCUGUGCACUGUUGUGCACCAAUACCGAGAUUUCUCAUUGGACAACCUAGGGUAUGCCCUUGUUACCCAUUUCCACAAUCACAAGGACACUAAUGGCAUCACCCAAGCUAUCAGCCUCCUUCACGAGGCCCUGACAUUGCACCCACCUGGGCAUCCACAUUGUGACACCACGCUUAACAACCUUGCCCUCGCUCGACACAAGAUAUGACAAAUGUCAUGUCAGCGAGGAUCUUAACGAGGCCAUUGAUCGAUAUCGCGAAUCCCAUCGGUUAACGAUCCAGAGCGCCACAGAACUCUUCACAAUUUGAGUUCGGCGCUUUGCUCUCGUUUCACGCAGCCUCGGACAAAUGAAGAUGUCGAGGAGGCCAUUACUCUCUGCCAAGAAUCAUUAGAAGCUUUGCCUUCACUGCAUCCUGACAGGUAUCUCAGCUAUGGAUAGCUGCAACAAGCCUAUAGAUCUUGUUUACCUGAUGCACAUCAUCCUCGUUGCCGGUCAAUACUCGUGCAGCGCCAUCAUUAUCCCAACCUUAGAGAGCUUCAUCACGUUCACUUGCCGUCUAUCGCUCUCGCAGAUCUGAAUAUUCUCAAGGGUCACUUCACCAGGGAAAUAAGACACACGUCUCGAAUCAACCCAGCUGAAUCGAGGACGGAUCUAAUAGUACUCUUGCAG